CCCUGCCGCAGCCAGGAACCCUCCGAGACCUGGCGCUGUGGAUGGAUGCAGGAAGAAGACGCGAGCGACAGGGAACUUAAACUUCGGACUGGAGCUGGAGAGCCCAGUGUCAGGGCAUUACCGUCUUUCGGCCUCCAGCACCUGAGACCACAGGACAACAUCAAGUUGAGCAAAGUUUGACGACGGCUUGGACAGAAGGGAGGGAUUCCGGAGCCGAAGCGCAGGGAGGGGCUGGACGGUAUUCCCUGGCGGCGUGGUAGCCAGCACCGCAGUCCGGACACCUGCUUCGGUGCCCCGCAUUAGUGCAGCCAGAACGACAGGGAGGCGUCGCAGCAGCCCAACUCCCCACCCCUUCUCUCCCUUCCUUACUCCCCACCCCCCAACACCCCGCCCCGGGCGCCGGUGACUCCGCCUCUCCGUGCCGGGCGGCUCUCCGGCUGGAGCUGGAAAGGGAGCGCUUCCCCGGACUCAGCUCGGUUCCGAGGCUCCGAAGCCGACGCCGCCAGCUCAAGCCCGGGGGCGGGAGCUGGACUGCCCACGGAGCCUGCGCUGGGGAGCCGCUGAGCCGGGAACGUCUCAUGGGACGCGCCCGGGGUCUCUCUUCGUGCCCUGCUCUCCCGUCCCUGUCCUAGGCGCCCGGGCUCUACAGCCCGCCCCGCCCGCAGCCCGCGGCCUGUCUGGAGAGGAGUAUGAGGCCCGGGGCCCCGUGGACGCCGGCCACAAGGCGGCAGGGGCCUACCUUGAGACCCCCGCGCCCGAGGGCGGUGGGUGAGGAGCCGCGGCAGCCGGCCAGGCGUCGGGGCGCAGAAAGGAGCGCCCCAGCUCCGGCGCCCGAAGGGCCGCGGGACCCGUGUGCGGCCUGAGCGCCGAGGAGGAGGCGGAGGCGCCCCGCCGUCCGGGCUCUGGAGGAGGCGGCGAGGGGCUCCGCGGCGGCCCCCGACCCCUGGUCACCAUCCUCACGUUUCUGCUCCCGCGGGGGGGAUGUCGCGGCCCGGGCCCCGAGCGCCGCCCCGGCCCCGGGGCUGAGCUCCGGACCAUGUCCUCCCGCAGCCCCCGGCCCCCGCCCCGCCGCUGCCGCCGCCGCCUGCCGCGCCCCUCCUGCUGCUGCUGCUGCUGCCGCCGCUCGCACCUCAACGAGGACACGGGUCGCUUCGUGCUGCUGGCAGCGCUCAUCGGCCUCUACCUGGUGGCUGGCGCCACAGUCUUCUCGGCGCUCGAGAGCCCGGGCGAGGCGGAGGCGCGGGCGCGCUGGGGCGCCACGCUGCGCAACUUCAGCGCGGCGCACGGAGUGGCCGAGCCGGAGCUGCGCGCCUUCCUCCGGCACUACGAGGCCGCGCUGGCAGCCGGCGUCCGAGCCGACGCGCUGCGCCCGCGCUGGGACUUCCCCGGCGCCUUCUACUUCGUGGGCACCGUGGUGUCGACCAUAGGUUUCGGCAUGACCACCCCCGCAACGGUGGGCGGGAAGGCCUUCCUCAUCGCCUACGGGCUGUUCGGCUGUGCCGGCACCAUCCUGUUCUUCAACCUCUUCCUGGAGCGCAUCAUCUCGCUGCUGGCCUUCAUCAUGCGCGCCUGUCGGGAGCGCCAGCUGCGCCGCAGCGGCCUGCUGCCCGCCACCUUCCGCCGCGGCUCGGCGCUCUCGGAAGCCGACUGCCUGGCGGGCUGGAAGCCCUCGGUGUACCACGUGCUGCUGAUCCUGGGUCUGUUCGCCGUGCUGCUGUCUUGCUGCGCCUCGGCCAUGUACACCAGCGUGGAGGGCUGGGACUACGUGGACUCGCUCUACUUCUGCUUCGUCACCUUCAGCACCAUCGGCUUCGGGGACCUGGUGAGCAGCCAGCACGCCGCCUACCGGAACCAGGGGCUCUACCGCCUGGGCAACUUCCUCUUCAUCCUGCUCGGCGUGUGCUGCAUCUACUCGCUCUUCAACGUCAUCUCCAUCCUCAUCAAGCAGGUGCUCAACUGGAUGCUGCGCAAGCUGAGCUGCCGCUGCUGCACGCGCUGCUGCCCGGCGCCCGGCGCGCCCCUGGCCCGGCGCAACGCCAUCACCCCGGGUUCCCGGCUGCGCCGCCGCCUGGCCGCGCUCGGCGCCGACCCCGCGGCCCGCGACAGCGACGCAGAGGGCCGCCGCCUGUCGGGCGAGUUCAUCUCCAUGCGCGACCUCACGGCCUCCAACAAGGUGUCGCUGGCGCUGCUACAGAAGCAGCUGUCCGAAACGGCCAACGGCUACCCGCGCAGCGUGUGCGUCAACACGCGCCAGAACGGCUUCUCAGGCGGCGUGGGCGCGCUGGGCAUCAUGAACAACCGCCUGGCCGAGACGAGCGCCUCCAGGUAGACGCGUGCCUCGCCGCGCCACGGACCCUCACCAGGCUGGGGUGCAGCCGGGCGGCGUUUGCUUUCCUUCUCUCAGACGCUGGCGCUUUCUUAACCUUUAUCCAAUAAAAUGAAACCAAAAAAAAAAAUUUUUUUUUUUAAAGAAAUACUAUUUGGCCAG